CCUCUCCACACACUUUCCUUCAUUUCAACCAAACUUUCUCUUUUCUCUCUCUCUCUCUCUCUCUUUUCUCUAUUGUUGUGAAAGAAAAAGGGAACGGGAUCGCAAUUUUGAAAGUGGAAAACGAAAGAAGGAGCAUGAUUGAGGUGGAAACGAUGCAGAAGCAAGAGGGAGAAGCUUCUUCUUGUCAUCAUAAUCAUAAUCAGGUAUCGCCUUCUCCCAGUUUCAGCAGUUACUCUUCGGAGACGCUCGCCGAGAUCGCCGCCAGGGUAAUCGAGGAGCUCCGACUGGACCCUCAUUCCGCCUCCAGCGACGACACUCUUUUCCAGCCAUGGGUAAACGACGACGACGACGACGACAACAACUCUCGAAACGACACAACUGAAAACGACGACUUCGAGUUCUCGUUUGUUUCCAGAGACCCAAACAGUUCUCCUGUUUCCGCCGACGACAUUUUCUACAACGGCCAGAUCAAACCCAUGUACCCAAUCUUCGACCGCACUCUGCUCUUCGACGCUCCCACUCCCUCAAACGACACAGUUGCUGCUUCCGUUUCCCCUGUUCAGAACACAAACCACGACGAGACGAAACGGCGUCGUCUCCCUCUGAGGAAGCUAAUGUUCGAGGAAGGUGAAACGGCGUCGUGUUCGUCUUCAACCGACGAGAGCGUUGAGCUGGAGGGCGUGACUGAAGGAACCUACUGCGUGUGGACCCCCAAUUCGGUUGCUAUGGAGCGCAAGAAGAGCAACUCAACAGGUUCUGCGUCAAAGCGCUGGAAGCUUCGAAAUCUGCUUCUCAGGAGCCAAAGCGACGGCAAGGAUAAACAACAACCCGUGUUUCAGAUUCCGAGCAAUAAAGUUGCAGCAAAGCCUGGCUCCGGCGACUGUGACGGCGGCGCGUCGCAGAGCAAGAAAAAGUCCUUCUUGCCUUACAAGCCAGAAUUGGUUGGACUUUUCGCUAAUGUCAAUGGGCUUGGUCGGAAUUUGCGUCCGUUUUGAUUUGAUUUUUAUAUUAUUGAUUAUAGUUUUAUUUUAUUUUUUAUCAAAUUUUAUAUCUCGUGUUUUAUUAGUUUAAUCUAAUAUUUUUCUUUUUGCCGGGUGUAUUGUAAUUAAAGCGGA